AAAUGGAAUAAUUUUAUAGAUGGCGCUUGCUGCGCUUGAUAAUUCGUCCAAAAUCCACGUUGAUACAUUUUAGCAUUAUGGCUAAGUCAAUAGUUAGCUUCAUUUUAAUCGUUUUACUUUUCGAAAAUAUUAAAAGUGAAACAUGUGAAAAUCCAUCAUUCAACUCUAAAGUAUAUACGACGACUGAUGGAACUGUUGUAACUGAUGUGGCUUUUAUUGCCGAAUUUACUGUUUCUUGUCCAUCUGGAGCAAAAGAUAUGACACUUUAUGCUGAUAUUAAUGGAAAAGCCUUACCUGUUAUGAAAUCUAUGGAUAAUAAUAAAUAUCAGGUAAGUUGGACUGAUGAAUUAAGUAAAGUUUCAGCUAUAACAUAUCCAGUAAGAAUAUAUGAUGAUGAAGGCUUUUCAAUGCUACGAAAGGCACAAAGAAAUGGAGAGGAUACAAGCAAUAUCAAACCUUUAUUUUUAUUAAAUAUCAGUCAUGCAGGAACACAUCUUGGUCCUUGGGUACAGAGUGAGUUUGUUGCAGCUGUAACUGCAGUGUUAUUAUGGUAUUUAGCUUAUACUGCUAAAUCAAAAUUACAAGCUUAAAAUUUUGUAUUUCUUAAAUUUAUGGAAAUAAAUUUUUGAGAAUAAA